AUGGUACUUGCCCGAGUGGCUAACUUUUUAACCAACGGAGAAACCACACACAAUCUGGUCGAAGAGCGGGGAAGAGAUGUUGCUGUCGCAAUGGACAGCGUCGCAUCGUCUGCGGCUGGCACGGCAAAGGUCAUAACCGAGGAGAUAGAGGAUGAUGAGGGCCGCCCACCAUAUAUCCAUGCAAUGCUGGCCGGAGGGAUAGGGGGGACAACUGGCGAUAUGCUCAUGCAUUCGUUAGACACAGUGAAGACACGGCAACAAGGCGACCCUCACAUGCCACCGAAAUACACAUCCAUGGGCAGCACGUACUACACAAUAUGGCGACAAGAAGGGUUCAGGAAAGGAUUGUAUGGCGGUGUGAAGCCUGCCUUCUUGGGUUCUUUCGGCGGAACGGUCUGCUUCUUCGGGACAUACGAGUGGAGUAAGCGGUAUAUGAUCGACAAUGGCAUCACGCCGUCGGUGGCGUACUUUGCAGCGGGCCUCCUUGGCGAUCUUGCUGCUGCACCUGCAUACGUACCGUCCGAAGUGUUAAAAACGCGCCUUCAAUUGCAGGGUCGAUACAACAAUCCCUUCUUCAACUCGGGCUACAACUAUCGCUCCACCAUCGACGCUGCUCGUGUGAUUGUCAGAACAGAAGGCUUCGGUGCGCUGUUUCAUGGAUAUAAAGCUACUCUAUGGCGCGAUCUACCCUUUUCAGCAUUACAAUUCACGUUCUAUGAAAAAGAGCGGGAUUUGGCGAAGAGUUAUAUGGGCUCAAACAAUAUUGGCCUGCUCUUGGAAAUCGCGACGGCAGCCAGUGCAGGAGGGGCUGCGGGUGUGAUCACAACACCUUUGGACGUGGUCAAGACACGCAUCCAAACCCAACAGCCCGAACACUCGGCCUCGACGAGAGCUCCGACGAAAUCAGCGAUCACACCCACUUCAUCCUCAAAACACACGUCUACAUUACGACCCACUACAACUCAUGUUUCGCAAAACCGACCCAUCUCGACGUCAUCACCCUCCACAACUCUCAAGGCACACGGCGCCGCAACACUCGACACAUCUUCUGUUUUUACCGGGUUGAAGAUCAUAUACAAGACAGAAGGAAUUGCUGGAUGGUUUAGAGGCGUAGGACCACGAUUUGUGUGGACCAGCGUGCAAAGCGGAACGAUGUUGGUACUCUACCAAACACUGUUGAGACACUUUGAACAGCAUCCGCUUGUGAAUAUGGACGAGGGACUGUAA